AUGACAUCACUGGUACCUCUUGAAGAGACAACUUCAGAACCAUUCGAACAAUCGAAAACAAGCAGUAUCGAACAAACCCACGAUCAUAAAAAAACACCACAAGCACAAUCACCCGAUUCCCCACAUCAAAUCGCCUCUUCUUGGAGCGAUUAUUCAGAGAGCGAUUAUUCGGAACGUUUUUAUGAUCUACAAACAGAUCCGUUCGAUGAAGUUUCCACAACACUCACGUCGUCUUUUUUAGCGAAACAAUCAGUGGCACAAAAUGGGAAGAAGUUAUCGUCGACAAAAACAGAUUUGUCUUCUGGACAGCAUUUUGCGGGUGUAGAACGGCAGAAGGCAACAUCCAGUUUGUAUCAUGGAGAACUGACGAAACGGCCGCCGAUAUUUGAAGGACGUCGUGUAUAUGUUAAGCCGAUACGUAGCUGGAAAGAACCACUUGACGAUGACGAUUCACAGCGGCAAUUGAAGAACGAAAAGGAUAGUUGGUACGAUAGCGACUUAUCGAGAAAGCGCACAAAAGUAAACAUGAAAAACGAAUACGAGCGAACUUCGUCACUGCGCAAUCGUUGGGAUAACAUCUAUAGAACAGUUCCCGAUGAACAUGUGUUUGCAAAAACUGAAGUUUUGCCCUCCGAAUACGGUGGUCGUCUCCAUUCAACAGGAGACGAUUCUAAACGAAGGAAUGGAAUACGGGACGAUUCGAUCUUCUUAGAUGUUCACAACAACAGAACCGUGAUCGAAUCAGGAUCGAGUGGUGAUGGUGUGAAGUUUCUCCCAGAUGAUCACAAUGCGAUAAUGCUUUUCAUUUAUGCGACAUUAGUCUUGGUAGCUUUGCUCACAAUGGCAGGAUUCUUGGUAACGCUUGCAAUGAGGAGGUAUUUGGUUUAA